AUGGUUCAUGUUCAAGGUGGUAUUUUGAUUGAAGAUUUAAAUAAGCAAUUGGCUUCUCCUGAGUUUAACCUUGCUCUUGCUACACAAGGAGCUCAGCCUGCUGUUUCUUUAGCUGGAGCUCUCUCAACAUGUACAAAAGGCACUGAUAUUGAUCUUCAAUGUUUAUCUAGCUAUCAACAACCAUUCGUUUCAACAACACCUGCACGUCAUUCACAAGGAGUAAAGCGACGAAGUAUUUCAGCAUCACCACCACGUUUAAUAAAUAAUAAUUUACCAUCAAUAUCGAAAAUAUUAAAUAAUAAUUCUGUCAAAAAUACACCAUUAGAUAUUAAUGGUGAACCAAAUACUCGUAUAUCAAAUAUGGAAUCACCAUUGAUUAAUAUGAUACAGAUGAAUAUGAAUCCACAUCAUAUGCCAGGUCCAUCAGAUUUUAUGCAAACAAAUUUUAAUUCACAUCAUCAGAAGAAUUUACCACCAUCACAUCUACAGAAGUUCAAAAUGAUGCCUCAACAUCAUACCAUUGAUCUCAAUGGAAUGAUUAUGCCACACUCAAAUAAUCCAUCAUCCUCGUCGAAAGAUUUAUUACAUUUAUCAUCAUUAUCUGAUCCAAUGCAACAACAUUUUUAUUCUUUAUCUCAAUCACCACCACCACCUGAUCAACAACAAAGACAUAGAAGUUUUCCAACCAUGAUGAACAACAGUUUUAGUCUAGGACCAAUACAUCAUCAUCCUUCUCAUAUGUAUCCAUCUCAUCACCCAAUGCAGUCAAAUGAUGUUGGAAUACCACCUAAACAACAACAACAGCUAACAGAUGAACAAUUAAUACGCAAUCUUGCUGAAGAAUUAAAAACAUAUCUACCACGUAAUUAA